AUGUUCCCCGCCGUCUCCGUCCCGCGCUUCUCGCUCGGGUACGCCUUCUUCGAGAACGCGGGCGGGUCGCAGGUCCCCGCGCUCGUCGCGGACGCCGUCCGCGCGCGCAUGGUCCGCGCGCACGCGCAGCUCGGCGCGGGCUACCCUCACGCCGACCGCGCCGACGCGUGCGCGGACGCCGCGCACGCCGUCGUCCGCGCCGUCAUGGGCGUCCGCGCCGGCGACGGCGACGUCGCGCUCGGCCCGUCGACGUCCCAGCUCCUCGCGAACCUCGCGCGCGGGUUCGAAGGGAGCGCGAGCCUCGCGCCGGGAGACGAGAUCGUGAUUCAGCGCGCGUCGCACGAGGCCAACGUGAGUCCGUGGACGCGGCUCGCCGACCGCGUCGGGUGCGACGUCGUGUGGUGGAACGACGCGGACGCCACCUGGGACGGGUGGGAGGACGAGACGACGACGACGACGACGACGACGAUGACGACGGGAAACGCCUCAAAAACGCAUGCGCUCGAUGCGUUACGAGCGGCGGUCACCCCGCGAACGAAAAUCGUCGCCGCGUGCGCCGUCUCCAACAUCCUCGGCGGCGUCGUCGACGUCCCCGCGCUCGUCCGCGUCGUCCGCGAGCGCGCGCACCCGUCCUGCCGCGUCGUCCUCGACGCCGUCGCGUACGCGCCGCACAGGCUCGUAUCCGUCGCGGAGUGGGGCGUGGACUGGUGCGCGUUCUCGCCGUACAAGACGUUCGGGCCGCACUGCGGCGCGCUGUACGGGCGAGAGGACGCGUUCGCGGAGGUUGCGGAGAGCGGACCGAACCACUACUUCGUCGAUCCCGCCGCGCGCGCGUACAAGUUCGAGCUCGGCAGCGUGGCGCACGAGGCGUGCGCGGGGCUCGUGGGGAUGGGCGCGUACCUGCGCGCGCUGAGCGGGAGGCGCGCGGGCGUGGGGACGCGGACGGAAGGAGAAGAAGAAGAAGAAGAGGAGGAGGAGGAGGCCGUCGAUCUCGACCUCGCGCCGCCGACGCGAGAGGACGUCGUCGUCGCGUUCGAACGCGUCGUCGAGCUCGAGCGCGAGCCGCAGCGCGCGCUCGUCGCGAUCCUGACCGCGCUCGAAGACGAGGGUUUGAUCGCGAUUCACGGGCCGAGGACCGCGGACCAGGCCGCGAGGGUUCCGACGGCGGCGUUUUCGCCGACGAAAAAAUCGGCGGCGGACGUCGUCGCCGCGGUUCGAGCGCCGCCGUAUAAGAUCGCGAUGCGCAGCGGACACAUGUACGCGGUGCGUUUACUGGAGGAUCUCGGUUUGGACCCAAACGUCGGCGUCGUGCGCGUGAGCUUGGCGCAUUACAACACGACGGAGGAGGUGGCGCGGUUCGGAGAGGCGCUGGGCGCGGCGCUGCGAGGAGAAUAAUGUGUUUUUACUCGCCGUAAGACGACGACGCUCU